AUGCAACACUGGUACCAACGAGCGCUUGCAAAAGGGCGUACUCCGCUCCCGGAUAGCUCUGGGGCACGACCUUGGGUAUCACAGGAACCCACUGUCUCUGAACUCGAAGUAUCGAAUCAGCAAGAGGGAAGAUCGAAUGGCGGUGGCAAACCAUCCACUGAUACAGCGGUCCAAAUCGAUGAGCCAGCGUCCACCACGACCACAGCAGUUGCAGGUGUGGAUCAGUCGUAUCGUUUCUGGACUGAGUCUGAUCUACGUCGAUUCAUUGAAAUGAGGAAUGGCAGUGCUAAAUGGUCAGCCAUUGCCUUGGAAUUCCCUGAUCGAACACUCGAGGCCCUGAAACAAACAUACCACAAGCGGCGCCAUACAGUGGAAUAA